CCCUGGGCGGCCCGGCUUCCGGCGACUGUGGGUCGGCGCGCGCGGCCGCGGCCGGGUGGACUGCGAAGCCAUGGAGAGCGGAUUCGGCUCGGAUUUCGGGGGCUCCGGCGGCGGGAAGCUGGACCCGGGGCUCAUCAUGGAGCAGGUGAAGGUGCAGAUUGCCGUGGCCAACGCGCAGGAGCUGCUUCAGAGGAUGACCGACAAGUGUUUCCGGAAGUGCAUUGGGAAGCCGGGGGGCUCCUUGGACAAUUCGGAGCAGAAGUGCAUCGCCAUGUGCAUGGACCGCUAUAUGGACGCCUGGAACACCGUGUCCCGCGCCUACAACUCGCGGCUGCAGCGGGAACGAGCCAAUAUGUAAUCAGGAGGCACGCCACCAUCCGGGGAGUCCACCCACGGGAGUCGCCCACCCGGGCUCAUAUCCAUCAACGUGCUUUCCGAGGCGGGAGCCAACGAGUGCAUACCGCCCAUGGUCUAUGAGGGCGGCGCAGUGCAGGGACAGUUGAGGUGUGCCUCUGCCAGCGAGUGCAACUUGGGUCUGUGCCCUUCCCAAGGCCUGGGAAUCCACGGCCUCUCUCUUGGAGUACCCAGGUUAGCCGCCUUUCCUGGGCCGAGAAUCCUUUGUUUGGACCUCUUGUGCGGUGGGAGGUGGUCAGGCCCCACUCAAGUUGUGGUCUCUUGAGGAUGGGCCAAUAAAUUGCUGACUGAGGGACAGAAAA